GGCGCAGGUGAGCACCGCUUCCGGGGUCGGGAGCCCGCCGCGCGGCCGCUCCGGCUUCUGCUCGGUCGGGUGCGCGGGAGACGAUGGCGUCCUCCUCGAUCCCGCCGGCCGCCGCACCGGCGGCGACAGCGGCCCCCGGGCCGGGUUUCGGCUUCGCCUCCAAAACCAAGAAGAAGCAUUUCGUGCAGCAGAAGGUGAAGGUGUUCCGGGCGGCCGACCCGCUGGUGGGCGUGUUCCUGUGGGGCGUAGCCCACUCGAUCAAUGAGCUCAGCCAGGUGCCUCCCCCGGUGAUGCUGCUGCCGGACGACUUUAAGGCCAGCUCCAAGAUCAAGGUCAACAAUCACCUUUUCCACAGGGAAAAUCUGCCUAGUCAUUUCAAGUUCAAGGAGUAUUGUCCCCAGGUCUUCAGGAACCUCCGUGAUCGAUUUGGCAUUGAUGACCAGGAUUACUUGGUAUCCCUCACCCGAAGUCCCCCGAGUGAAACUGAAGGCAGUGAUGGUCGCUUCCUCAUCUCCUAUGAUCGAACUCUGGUCAUCAAAGAAGUAUCCAGCGAGGACAUUGCUGACAUGCAUAGCAACCUCUCCAACUACCACCAGUACAUUGUGAAAUGCCAUGGCAACACACUGCUGCCCCAGUUCCUGGGCAUGUACCGAGUCAGUGUGGACAACGAAGACAGCUACAUGCUGGUGAUGCGCAACAUGUUUAGCCACCGUCUUCCUGUGCACAGGAAGUAUGACCUCAAGGGCUCCCUAGUGUCCCGGGAAGCCAGCGAUAAGGAAAAGGUUAAAGAAUUGCCCACACUUAAGGAUAUGGACUUUCUUAACAAGAACCAGAAAGUUUACAUUGGUGAAGAGGAAAAGAAAGUCUUUUUAGAGAAACUAAAGAGAGAUGUGGAGUUCCUAGUGCAGCUGAAGAUCAUGGACUACAGCCUUCUGCUGGGCAUCCACGACAUCAUUCGGGGCUCUGAACCAGAGGAGGAGGGACCUGUGCGGGAGGAGGAGUCCGAGGGGGAUGGGGACUGUGGCCCGACAGGACAACCUGCUCUGGUGGGUUCCUAUGGCACCUCCCCUGAGGGAAUCGGCGGCUACAUCCAUUCCCAUCGGCCCUUGGGCCCUGGAGAGUUUGAAUCCUUCAUUGAUGUCUACGCCAUCCGGAGUGCUGAGGGGGCCCCCCACAAGGAGGUGUAUUUCAUGGGCCUCAUUGACAUCCUGACACAGUAUGAUGCCAAGAAGAAAGCAGCUCAUGCAGCCAAAACUGUCAAGCAUGGGGCUGGGGCAGAGAUCUCUACUGUCCAUCCUGAGCAGUAUGCUAAGCGAUUCCUGGAUUUUAUUACCAACAUCUUUGCCUAAGAGACUGCCUGACUCCAUGGUGACUGCUGCUUUCUGUUCAAGGUGGUCGGGUUCUGAGAGGUUUGGGGGGAUUGUGGAUAUUCUGGCCACUACUUCUUCUCUUCCUCCUUUGCUAAAUUCAGGCUAUGGCUCCUUCCAUCCAAAUAACUCCGUCUUAUUGAGUGGGCUCUUCCUGGCCCUUGGAAAUACGUCAUCCCUUUUCCCCUUUGUCCAGUUUUCCUCUUCCUCCCUCCCCUCCAAUGAGUCUGCUUGUUUCAUGAGGGCAUUACUGUUGACUCUCCCAAGUGCCUUGAUCUUUGUCAAAUGUCCUGUUGUUUCUGUAACAUAGGAGGAGCUGGGGAAGGGGGUGGUUUGCCGUCUUCAGGACCUGACUGGACAGAUGGACCUGACUCAAGCAGCUACUCUGGACGCACUUUGCUGUGUGGGAUGAACUAAGAGUGUUUGAAUUUUGCUGAUAACUUUAUAGAACUCAGUGUGGCACGCUUCCUUCCCAGUGGGCCCUGGGAUAGAAGAUUUUCAAGAUACUACAGAUGUGGGUGCAGGCAUACACACAUAUGAUGGGACAUGGCCAAUCUUACCCACCGUUGGGGUGGAGAGUGGUCAGCAGGCUGGCACUUCAUGGAGGUGGGACCUACGAGGACUCUUGAUUAUGCGGGGAAUUGGAGAAGGUCUCUGUCAGGGAUUGACUACUCUCCAAUCUCUUCCCUCACCCCACUUCCACUCCCACCCCUAUACUUCUGGGCGCAGGAGCCCAGAGAUUGCCAGAGUGUUCCAUCCUGGGGAAGGUGUUUGAUUCUCUGUUGCUGCUUUUUCCCCAGGACCUCACACCCUUCCUGGGGCUGGAACCCUUCAGUGGGGAUAUGGGCCAGUUCUGGAGGCUGGGAUGAUGGGCCAGGGGUGUAAGGUUCAUUCUCCAUGUUAAAUUUCCUUUCUUCAUGUCUCCCCAUCCCUGAGGUUUUAGUCCUAGCAGGAGGGAAUAUCUCUACCUGGGUCAACCCUGGUCAUUUCAAAGGAUGGAAGUCUCAAGUGUGAGAACCUCCUCUGCUCCCUGGAGAUAUGCGCCUAGCAUACUCCCUUCCCCCACCUCUUCUCAAACCCUUUUUCCAGUUGGUUUUGUUGUUCUUGUCUCUUCUGUCCAGGCUUAUACUGCUACUGUGCCUCCCAGGGGACAGAUGGCUUUCUUUGUCAUCUUCACUCUUAAUCCCCAGAGAGGAGUCAGAGCCAUAACUCAAUCACCCAGCCCUCUCCAAAGAGAGUUGAGUUGAUGUGUGAUAGUCUUAGAAUGUAGAGGACCCUGAUGAGCUGAGAUAGUGUCCUCCCCUCCCCCCAAUGCUUUAGGGGCUAAGGCAGCCAUUCUUCCUGCUAUCCUCCAUCUCCCUUGAGGCUCCUACAUUUUUUUUAAACAUAAAGAUGGGUAUACCAGCAACUGGCCUGUGGGGAUGCAAAGAUUCUUCGCUCUGUAUCUGGCUGGACUGAUCUGUCUCACAGGAAGUCAUGAGGUCAUGAAGAAUUCCUCUCUCCCUUCCAUCUUCUCCAAAGGAAGUAACAAGAGGCGUCUCCAGUUAAGGAUUGGAGCCCCUAUCAUACCUUCCUGUCAGGAGCCUAAUGGGUCUUUUUCUUUCCCAGUCUACCUUUCCCCUGUUGAAUGCAAUAAAACUCCAUGACACCAGCAACUGUUCUUUAGAAAUGGGUUUUCUGACCAUGUGGCUAAUGUAUCAUGAGCAGUAUGGUCUCCUUCAUUUGUUGUUUCUGUUUUCCAUCUUUUUUUGUUUUAUUAAUUAAUAGAAAAGAUCUUGUGUAAGUACUCCCAUUACUGUCACUAUAUAGAAAAUAAAUUAUUGAAUCCGAA